CACCAUUUGCCAUAACUAAAUAGUUACCUUGUACAUCAAGUAGGAAGAUUUUUUUUAAUUGGUAGCCCACCGCGCGCAGCGCACAGUUCCAGUUCGUCUGUGCGCUUUGAAUGCAACAACAAUCUCCGUCUCACCUAACAGAUGUGGAUACACCGCUCGGGGUCUGGAGAUCUCUGACAGGACGAUGCUCGGUUGUUUCUGGAUUUAAAAGAGGCGACCCAAGGAGGUGCCCAGCUGAGGUGAAGGGGAGGGCAGAGGACCCCAGUUCAGCCUGUGAGUGGAUGACCUUCACCCGGAAACAGGAUCAUGAUCUGAAGAGGGCGCUGCACGCCAAACCCUGCUCUUCCUCUUCCUCCUUCUCCCUAUCUUUUUUCUUUUCUUUUUUUAAACUAAAGUGGAGAAAAGCCUCCGAGUGAGUGAAGUGAGCGGACAGAAAGCAGGAGAAGAGACAUCUUGACAAGGUAGAAACACGACCGCCAUCCGUGACUGCAACCUCGCCACUCCCCCAGGACCCUCCCACCGUAACACCGGAAACAUGGGGAGGAAAAAGAUUCAGAUUCAGAGGAUCACUGACGAACGCAACAGACAGGUGACGUUCACCAAGCGGAAGUUCGGCCUGAUGAAGAAGGCGUACGAGCUGAGCGUCCUGUGCGACUGCGAGAUCGCCCUCAUCAUCUUCAACCACUCCAACAAGCUGUUCCAGUACGCCAGCACCGACAUGGACAAGGUCCUGCUCAAGUACACCGAGUACAACGAGCCGCACGAGAGCCGGACCAACGCCGACAUCAUCGAGGCUCUGAACAAGAAAGAGCACCGGGACUCUGAGAGCCCAGACCCCGAGGAGCCCUUCUCCCUCACCCCCCGCACUGAGGAGAAAUACAAAAAAAUUGACGAGGAGUUUGAUAAAAUGAUGCAGAACUAUAGGCUGUCAUCCACAGUCCCACAGUCCACCUUCUCCAUGCCCGUCACUGUGCCAGUGUCCAAUCAGAACGCGGCGGCGGCGGCAGCCCUCCAGUUCAGCAACAACCCCGGCGGCGCCCUGGUCACCACCACCUCCUUCGUCACCUCCACCCUCACAGACCCACGCCUCCUGUCGCCACAGCAACCGGCUCUGCAGAGGAACACGGUGUCGCCAGGGUUACCGCAGAGACCAGCCAGCGCAGGUGCUCUGUUAGGAGGAGAUCUGGGGAAUUCAAACGGAGCGUGCCCGAGUCCAGUCCCUAACGGCUACAUCAGUGCCAGGGCCUCCCCGGGCCUCCUCUCCGUAUCCAACGGCAACAGCCUGGGGAAAGUAGUCCUGGCGAAGUCUCCGCCUCCGCCCAGUCCUCAGAUGGUCAACAGCCGCAAGCCGGACCUGAGGGUCAUCACCUCGCAGAGCAGCAAGGGCCUCAUGCUGACAGACGAAGAGCUGGAGUUGGUGACUGAGAAUGCUCAGCGGCUAGGUGGCUCCCAGGUGGCUCAGUCACUCACCACACCAGUGGUCUCAGUGGCAACACCUAGUCUCCUAGCACCCUUCUCUGGAAUGCAGACGGCCUACAACACCGAGUACCUGACGAGCGCAGAUCUCACCGCGCUCCAGACGUUCACACCACCAGGGCUGGUGCCUGGCAACAUGGCUGCCUGGCAACAGCAACCAGCAGUCUCCCAGCAACAACAGCAGCAGCAACAACAGCAACAACAGCCGCAGCAGCUGAGCCUGGCGUCCCUCAGUAACCUGGUCAUGUGGGGUGCAGAGAAACAGAAUGCGGAGAUGGUUAACUGCAUCUCCAAUUUUGCCGCUAACCUGAGCUUGGCCUCUCAGUCCAACUUGCUCUUUGGCAGGGAGGAGGGCCUCUGCUGGCCGGUGGGUCACAUACCUCAGGGCGCUGCACUGACAGUCAACACAAACCCCAACGUCAACAUCAAAUCUGAACCUGUCUCCCCGAACCGUGACCGCAGCACACCCAGCUCCACCUGCGGCGUUGGUGGCGGCGGAAGCCAGGCUCAAGUCCCGGGACAAGGUCUGGUGACGGUCGCCUAUCCUGGCACCCUGCGUCUGGAAACAGGAGGUCAAGGCCGCUCGCCAGUGGAUUCGCUCAGCAGCAAUGGCAGCUCAUACGAGGGCAGCGAUCGGGACGACGGCACCCAGGGACGAAGCGGGGGUCAGGACUUCCAGCACCAUCCCGGAGCCCAACAACCCACCAUGGUCCUGCUGCGGCCCCCUUCGACUGAGCCCCAAGAGCAAGACGGGACCAACGUCAAGAGAAUGAGACUGGACACCUGGGUGACAUGAAGAGGUGGACGGAGAGGGACGGACAGAUGGAGGAUUGAGAUGUGUACUUGUGGCUUGUGUACAUGCCCCCAUCAGCCCUAAAGCCCCCCUGAUCCCCCUUCCCUUUGCAUACACUCAUAUUUAUGUAUACCAGCCAUUGACCCUCUGUCCACAGGAAAUGUCGACCCUGCACUCAUACAGACACGACACAAGCAUGCUUAAACACUCUCAUGUCGCACGUUGGGACACUGACAUGCACUAAGUGUGGAAAUGUGCACAUAUAUUCAAACUCUAAUGUACUUUCACUCACACAAAACCCCAAAGAGGGUUGAGCCACCAAACCAGGGAUUAUUCAUCAAAGCUAUUACAAUGUGGGAGUAGACCUGACUGAGUACAUUUUCAAUCACGUAAACCAUAACUUUAAAAGCCUGGACUUGUUUUCUUUUUCCACCAGUGCAGAAAAGACAAACAGCAUCUGAGUGUUCUCUGCUUUGGGUUGUCCUUGCUGUUUCUGCAGAGUGCUAUCAAAACAGUCUGCAUCUUCUAUUCAUCGGCCCGGCCACGGUUGUGUUACUAUCGCUCUGAUUCUUCUUUUUGUGUUCUCUUUUUGAAGCGUGGAGUUUUUUUUCGUCCUUCUGUCUUGACUGUCGAUCUGUAGAGUUUGGAUUUGAAUAUAAGGACUCUAAAAAGAACAACUCACCUCCCUCCAUCCCCGAGUUGAGCCAACGGACGCAUCAACAGGGCAGCGCUUUGGCUCUGUAGAGGACUGACGACCCACCAGGGGUCUUUAUCUAAUCUGAACCAUGCAGGCUAGCUCUCAAAUGAGGAAUUUGUCACCGAGGUAAAGACUGCUUUUCUUUGAAUCAGGGACGAGCUGCAACAGCUCAAGAACACAUGACAUAGAUACUCCUAGUUUCGCCCACAUCUUGUCAACUACAGAUGCUGACAAAGGCAUGUGUGUGUGUUUGAUGUGUUUGUUUGUGCGUGUGUGUAUACGGGUUUGUUACCUCAACUGGUUGUUUUUAACAAUUUGGGACAAAUGUUCACUAUCAGUUUUCAUUCUUGAACACACACCUGCAAUGCACACAGCUGAGAUUAUUUUUGUGAAGCGACUUGUUUUGAAUAGAUAGCGAUGUUCAAAGGGGAGAUUUGUGAGGUACCAUGUAUAUAAGCAAUCUGUAACCUUUGUGGCUUUUGUGUGACAGGGAUAAGGUGUUUUUGAAGGUAAAAUAGAUCUUAUAGAAGUAUAUAUUUAAGGCCGUAGCAAAGGCAGCUCUGAAUCCAGGGCGAGAGAGUACAAUAGACGACAGGGAUUGUACAUACUAACCAUAUAUUCGGCAGGAUAUCCCUCAGUGAAACGGACAAAAAAGCAAACACGUUGAUUCUCAGUGGAUCGGUCUCUUUUUUAAAAGUUAUUUAUGCGUGUAUAUAAAGUGUAAUAUGUUGACCAGCAGAGAGAUGGCGAUGUAGAUGCAGAAAGGGAAGACGUAGCCGUGGUGACUCGGACUGUUUUUUUUUUUUUUUGUUUUUGUUUUUUUGAGUGAGCAAUGGUUAGGUCUCUGUCACUGAUGGAGCGCACUUUACCUUAACCCCACCCCCAACACCUGAACACACCUGACCCAUGGGCACACAUACUAAACACUCAUUCACUCCCGUAAAGGUGGAGAUAUACUUGCUUUUAUCUAGACAUGCAAAAACUCAUCAUGGCUGCCGCUCUUUUUUCGACUGGUAAGCGUUUCAGCAGUGCACAGCCUCAAAUAUGAACACACUGUGGAUGAAAGAUGCAGUAUUUUCAUGAACAGGGGUUGCUACAGUCAGUAAGUUUACAUGCAGCCAGAAAAAAGUCCAUGUAAUGUAUUACUUUGACGUACCUGGACUUUUAAAAAUGCUUCAGAAAUGGUAAUUCAUUCAUACCUGUAUACCACAAUGGGAAUGAAAAUCAGCAAAGCCCUCUGUGCAUGCUCCACAGCCUCUGCACCAGGCUUUAAAGAACCUGUAAAGUGAAAAUAGUAAACUGUAUUUAGGUUUGCUGUAUGACAGGUCACUGUGUUAUGAACCCCUAAAUCAGAAUUCAGUAAUAUAAAACUUCCCCAAGUUUAUAAAAUUAAGCUUCAAACUCGGUAAAAUCUGCUGAGCUGAAGCCACGCCCACUCAUGAGAAUUGACAACGUCUGUUUUCUGGCUGAAAUCUCUGUUAUGAUGCUUACAAUGAUCCAUAGAUCACUGUGGCUGAUAGAUUUGGUAAAAUUAUCUCACAAUGACCAAAAAAACAGCAUUUAACUGCCAGUUAACUUUGAAUAAAGGCA